UAGUACUGAACUAAAACCCUGCCCUGAUGAAAAACCCCAUUCCCAAAUGCCCACCAAAACAAUUUCAUCAAAAACAUAAAUAAAUCUGUCUAUUAAUUUUAUCACUGUCCAAUGUUCAUUGCUGCUUCAAGAAACCUUCAAAAGCAUUGCUUUCAAACCCUAACCCACCGUUUCAUCACCCAGGAUGUGAAGUUGUUAAGAGGUGUUGCCCCUAAUUUGAUACAUGGGUAUGAUACCCAGUUCAAAUUUGUGAAUAAAGAUGAUAGCUUUUUGAGAUGGGUCGGGUCAGGCGAUGGGUUUGAUGGGAAUCGGAUGUAUUCGACAUCGAAAGGAAGGAGUAUGAGAAGUAAAGUGGAGAUGAGGAUGAAGAAAGAGUCUGGUAAAACCCUGAGGGAGAUUAGGAGGGCUAAAAAGAUUCAAAAGAAGUUGAUGACUGAUGAGGAACGUCUCGUUUACAAUCUUAAAAGGGCCAAGAAAAAAGUUGCAUUGCUUCUUCAAAAGCUGAAAAAAUAUGAGCUACCAGAAUUACCACCUCCACGGCACGAUCCUGAACUUUUGACCCCUGAGCAGGUCCAAGCAUUAAAAAAGAUUGGUUUUCGAAACAGAAAUUAUGUACCAGUUGGCGUCCGUGGUGUGUUUGGAGGUGUGGUUCAAAACAUGCACAUGCAUUGGAAGUUUCAUGAAACUGUUCAAGUUUGUUGUGAUAACUUUCCCAAAGAAAAGAUUAAGGAAAUGGCAACCAUGCUUGCAAGAUUGAGUGGUGGCAUUGUGGUCAACAUACAUAAUGUCAAAACCAUCAUCAUGUUUCGUGGAAGAAAUUACAGACAACCAAAGAAUCUGAUACCAAUCAACACCCUUACCAAAAGAAAGGCAUUAUUUAAAGCUAGAUUCGAACAAGCACUUGAUUCUCAAAAACUUAAUAUCAAGAAAAUAGAGCAGCAGCUUAGGAGAAUGAACGUAAAUCCUGAUGACCCGGUUGCCAUGGCUAGCAUACAAAGAGUGGCAUCCACAUUUUUUAAUGCAAUAGACAAAAAGGAAGGAAGUCCUUAUGUCUUCCAUGGUGACAAAAAGGGUGAAGCAAGUACUGUAAACACAAAUGAACCGGAAUCUGGUGAAGACAGUGAUCAGGAGGAGCUUGACAAGUUCAUAGCAGAGAUUGAGGAGGCAGCUGACAGAGAGUGGGAAGCAGAAGAAGCCGCAGAGAAAGAAGAAGUCAACAAGAUUAGAUAUCUUUAUAAAGAAGAUUAUGAUGGAAGGUAUACAAAACCAGGAAUGGGUAGGAUGGCCCCACAAAGGAGUAGUAAUAGUGAGAGUGAUGAGGUAGAUGAAGAUGAUCAAGUUGACGAAAAUGACUCAGAUGAAGCUUCUUAUAUUAAUGAUGCUCCAAAAGUAGAAAGGUGGAAGGGAGGUCGUAAUAGAAAACCCAGUGAUGGUGGUAGGUUCAAUGGUAGGGACGAAGAUAGAUUCAUGAGAAAUGAUGCUCAAGAAGAAUAUGAGUCAGAAGAUAUAUUGAAUGAUUUGCAAAAUGUCAUGUUUGAAACUGAUGGAGAAAAUGAAGCAAGAUCAUCACCAGAAACUACAAAUUACGACAUUGAACACAAGCCAAAAACAGCAAAAAAUAUGGAUGAAAAUUGGGACAGUGAUUAACUUGGUGGUAGGGAACUCUUCAGCAUUAAUUUCUCAUGACUAGAGAUUGUUAUGAUGUAUGAACCUUCAGAUUUAUUGGUAGUGUUCAUUCAGGGUAACUUGAAAUUUAUCUUCAAAGGUCAGUACAAAUUAAUCAAGCUGAAGAUUGUUAACAUUUUAUGCUGCAAUCUCGUUGCAAUUUUGCAUUGUCAUAAAGACCAUAGUCUGAAUGGUGUUGAAGUGCUCACUGGUUAUCACUUGAGUUUGCAUAUUGGAUUUGCAUCGGUUCAAUGUCAUGGGAUUGUGUAGGGAGUUCUCAUACAAGUAUACAAAUUUGACAAAAAUCUAUCUAUAUUAUCAUGUAACCCCUUUGGAUUUUUUAUUCUAUUCAUGAUCCCUUAAGAUAA